AUGCGAAAGCUCUAUCUUUCAGGGUUCCUCAGCGUGGCCCAGACAGUCAUCACCAUUCAGUCAGAACCUUUGCUCAUCAAGGAGCUGUCGGGUGGCGACAUUGGCCUAACUGCCAGGAUGCUUGCGAAUACGCAAGGCUUGGUUGGUGUGCUCGGAGUCGUUGUAAACCAGAUUGGUGGCAAGUUCUCUGAUGUCCUCGGGCGGAAGAGAUUUCUCACGCUUGGCCCUUUGGCCAACAUUCUGUUUGGUUUGCUGAUCUUCCGCAACUCGCACAAUCGCAGGGUGGUCUUGCCACUACGCAUCGUGAGGUCGAUCCUCACCACGUUCUCCAGCACGGUUAUGCUAACUGCUGCGCUGUCAGACGUGGCCCAGGGUGCCGAGCUUGGUGCUGCUAUCAGCAAAAUGGGUGCUGCCGUUGGUGCGGGCAUCGUCAUCACACCGUUCGUGGAGGCUUUGUUCCUGCAAAGAUCGAACAGUCCCCGAACAGCAUAUCUGUUGUUGUCACUGCUGGGCUUUGUUCAUGCAUUAUUUGUCGGGCUCUCUGUGCCCGAAACGCUUCGACGAGCACAGCGCAAGACCCUGGCAUCAGCAAUGCAGCUAUCGUCCAUCAAUCCUUUCGGCUUCUUGAACGUGUUCCGACGAGGAUCCGUCGGCCUCCAAAAAAUGGUGUGCAUCCAGACCUUGCAGAUGUUCCUUGAGGGGAAGAACUUGAGUGAUCUAGUUGAGCUCUGGAAGCGCGAGCAUUUGAAAUGGACAGUAGGGGAAAGCCGCAACUUUGUAAUGAUCUAUGGCACCCUGAGCAUCCUCUCUGGAGUUUAUGUUACACCGUUUUUCCUCAAGAACCUCACCGCUCGUGGCUUCACUUCAGCAACAAACAUGCUCAACCUUCUGGGAUUCUUGCUGCGUGGAGCCAGAGAAAAGUCCUGGAUCUUCCUGCUGGCGGUUCUUCCAAUGCUUCCCGGUGUGAACGGGGCCAGUGCCACUGCGUUGAAAUCCAUCAGCACGGACCUCGCGACGGCCGAGGGCUUCGGCAAAGGCGAGUUCUCCGCUUGGACCAACAACUUGCGUGCCCUCGCGGGGGCGGUUGCAACCGUGCUGUAUGGCAACUACUAUUCCUGGUGCAAGCGGACCGGCAUCUCGGCAGGAACCACUUUCGCCUUGGCUGGUUUGAUUGGGGCGGCACUGCCGGAGCUCAUCCUGCGACUAACCAAAGACAACGAAAUCCAGAGGACCAAGGUAGAAGGUGCUUGA